AGAGACACUACGAGUGACACCGUGGCGCGCACCCUUGCCAAAAGAGUCGUAGUAAUCGCGUAGAAUGGGAAGAUUACAAAAGAAUGGUGCCGUGCUAGUGAUAAUGUGCCUCCUGAUAGAGACAAAUGGCUUCUAUGUACCUGGAGUUGCUCCAGUGGAGUUCAAGAAAGGCCAGAAGAUAGACGUUAAAGCAGUCAAGAUGACUAGCACUCAUACACAAUUGCCAUACGAAUAUUAUUCCCUUCCGUUUUGUUUACCCAAGAAUGGUACCUUCAUUUAUAAAUCUGAGAAUUUAGGAGAGGUGUUGCGUGGUGACAGAAUAGUGAAUACUCCAUAUGAAGUUGUAAUGGCAGAAGAUAUCAUCUGCAGAUUACUGUGCCACGAACCAUCCAAGUUGAUGACUUGGAACGAAGCUAAUUCCCAGCACGUUAUCCAGAUGAUUCAGCAUGAAUAUUUCGUACACUUAUUAAUAGAUAAUCUACCAGCGGCUACUAAAACGAAGCACAAAGAAACUAAUAACGUGGUAGUUUAUCAAGGAUAUCGCUUAGGCGGAACUAUGAAUGAUCAAGUGUACAUCAACAAUUAUCUUAAGCUAAAAUUAAGCUAUCACAAACACGGCGAAAACGAGUUUAGAGUAGUCGGAUUCGAAGUGGAAGCUCGAUCUAUUGACACAUCUCAGUUAACAUUCGACGGGAAUACUUGUAUUUUACCGAGCGAGGCGAGUCCGCAGUUUGUCAAUCCGAAGGGCACAAGCCUUCUCUUUCUAUACUCGGUGGAGUGGAAACAAUCAGAUAUCAGCUGGGCGAGUAGAUGGGACGUGUAUCUUGGCAUGAGCGAUGUAGAAAUUCACUGGUUCUCGAUUAUCAAUUCUCUUAUGGUCGUCUUCUUUUUAUCGGGAAUUCUUACGAUGAUCAUGGUAAGGACGCUCAGAAGGGAUAUAGCUCGUUACAAUGCGGGCGAGAGUGACAGUCUGGGAGGUCUGGAUGAAUCCAUCGAGGAGUCAGGCUGGAAAUUGGUCCAUGGAGAUGUAUUUCGACCACCCAGCAACUCACGCUUAUUCGCCGCCGUGAUCGGCAGCGGCAUCCAGAUAUUUUUCAUGGCUUUGAUUACGAUAUUCUUUGCGAUGCUGGGAAUGUUGUCGCCGGCGAGUCGAGGAGCUUUGGGAACCUGUGCGAUAUUUUUGUAUGUGUUCUCCGGUUUAAUUGCCGGUUACUUCUCGGCCCGAUUGUACAAAACUAUGCGGGGUCGAGAAUGGAGAAAAGCCGCUUUAUUGACAGCGACGUUUUAUCCGGGUAUAGUCUUCACGACGUGUUUCUUCCUAAAUUUCUUCAUAUGGGGAAAACACAGUUCCGGUGCGGUGCCCUUCACCACGAUGGUAGCUUUGCUGUGCCUCUGGUUUGGCAUCUCGCUACCUCUUGUCUAUCUUGGUUACUUUUUCGGCUAUCGUAAGCAGCCCUUUACGCAUCCAGUUAGAACGAAUCAAAUUCCCAGACAAGUUCCUGACCAGCUAUGGUAUAUGAAUCCAAUAUUGUGCACUCUAAUGGCUGGAAUCUUACCAUUCGGCGCGGUAUUCAUAGAGCUCUUCUUCAUCCUAACUGCGCUCUGGGAAAAUCAGUUUUACUAUCUUUUCGGAUUUCUAUUCCUUGUUUUCUGUAUCCUUAUAAUUUCGUGCUCGCAGAUAUCAAUAGUCAUGGUCUACUUCCAGUUAUGUGGCGAAGAUUACAGGUGGUGGUGGCGCAGCUUUAUCGUGAGCGGUGGAUCCGCAGUAUACGUGCUGGCGUAUUCUGUUUUCUAUUUCGUCACCAAACUAAAGAUCACCGAGUUAGUGCCGACUCUGAUGUAUUUCGGUUACACCGCGCUUAUGGUCCUCACAUUCUGGCUAUUAACCGGCACGAUCGGUUUCUUCGCCGCAUACGCCUUCAUCAGGAAGAUAUACGCGGCCGUUAAGAUAGACUAGUCAAAUCAUUAGUAGAGUAAUGCGAGCGAAUAAAUUUAGACUUUUAAUUUAACCGAGCGAGAAAGAGGAGAGACAGAGAGCGAGUGAAGAGAAGGAGUGACAAAGAAGCAAAGAGCUAAUAUUUCGUAUUGUGUAGAACGAUAAGUGAAAUGAAUAUCUCAAUGGAUGCAUUUCAUCUUCCACGAAAUUUUGAAACUGCGACCGUUGCACAGAAUUUUGUGAUUAACGUGUACGAAUUUGAUUAUAUUGACAUUAAGGUUUCUAUUUGUUUAUUCUGUUGCAUCUGUUAUAAUGAGUGCAAGCUCCACGUUCGUCGCCCAGGAUUUGCAGAACCAUCGCGAAUAUGAAAAUUAAAAAUAACAGGAAAAAAAUGAAUAUUGAAAGCACAUUUUCAAGAUAGCAUAUUUUGUUUUCCUCUUAUUUUUUUUCAUUCAUUUUUCUUUAAACUAAAUAUUCAGCGAAGAGAAAAAGAUUAAAAAUCUUUGUUUUAAGAGAAAACUAACUUCGCAAUUUUUUUUAUAGGAAAAAGAUCAACUUUUUAUACUUGUAAAUGUGUAUAUAAAAUACGCGUAUGAGGAAGGCACAAAUGCGGAGCUUCAGUGUAAUAAUAUCAGUGUAUAGUAAUAAAUUUAUUUUAUUUAUAUAAUUUUUAGGUUUUUUCCGUAAGUACUUAUGAUUUGACACAAACACACACGAGAGAAAAUAAUCGAUCUGAUCCACAAAUGUUGGCUAUAUCAAUAAUGAUCCUUGUCGAAAAACAAGAAACUAUAAAAAUAUUCAAGUAAUGUGAUAUUAGUAACAGUCAAUGUGCGAAAGUAUUAUAUAGCCGAUAAAAUGAGCCAGUCUAAAGAGUUAUCGUUUUAUUUAUGUAAGAACACAACAUACAAUUUCGCAACUGUCAAUCGAUCAUUAUUAUAAUAACAAGCGCAGUAUAUUAUUAAUAAUAAUAUAAUUUGUAAUAUUUACAUUUUCAGUACAAGUACAUAUUUUCAUUCUUCAACUUUUGGAUGUCGUUAUCGUAAACUGCAGCGCGCCCAGUUCCGCUGAGACUCGACUUGUCAUUUCUUUUAUGGUACACUUACGUCGAUACUUAUAUAUAAAAUCCUUUUAUAAAUGUGUCUCGAGUUCUCCGUAAUAGAAUUCUAUGUACAUCGAGAUAUUGACAUCGUUACAAUUAACAAUAUAUCACAAAGUGUUUUAUACUAUUAUUGUUGUAAAUAAUACGUGAUGGCUAGCGUGUACGAAAAAUGUAUACAGAUAUGUCCUAAUUUUGACAAUUGUAUCCUCCAGAAUUUGCAUUGUAUACAGAGUGUCUCGUUAAUAUUUCAGAGAGUGAAAGAAGAUGAAAUUUUGAACUAAAAGUUCCUUCACAAGUUUUGGUUCAGACCAUUAUUUACCAAGUUAUUGACGAUUAAAGUUGAUCAAUCAGAGAGCACGAGUAUGCAGGAGCGUAGCAUGCCAUGGGACUUCUCGCACUUGCUAUACAUUCUCCCGAUUAAAAAUUUAUUC